UGCAAUCUUGGGGACAGGUUUAGAUUUUUUUAAAUACCACGAAUUGCCACAUUACUUAUGGAUGGAGGAGAAGACGGAGAUAUGUGUUGGUUUCAAUGAGGUGACUUCCCUGUGUGUACUUCUCCCUGUUGUGGCAGGCCGGUGUGUUGGAGCCGCGGUGCGUGACGGGUCAGUCUAUGACUGUACUUCCAAAAGCACACUCCUGCUCAGAGGCUCUCUGUUGAGAAAAAAAUGAACCUGCCGUCCAGAGAGGAGUGUGAGGGGUGGGACCCGUCUCAACUAGCCCUCUUUAUGUGCAAGAACAAAAUGCAAGAGUGUGCUGUCACUAUAAACAGACUGAAAAUUGAUGGAAAGAGACUUUUGAGCCUGUCUGACAAUGACAUGAGCAAGUUUAGUCUCGUCCACCAACCGCAGCUUCAGAAAAUUGUUCAAGACAUCAAGAAAAAUGACGGCAGCUUACUGAAUAAACUAAGAAGAUUGAAAAGCAAACCACUUCCGAAAGUACCUGCAAGAGAUUACAGAGAUGACGAUCAAGGGUCUGAGACUGAUUAUGAUAAUGAUCAAUACGAUGAUCCACGUGAGGACCAAGAUGACAGCUACGAGCCUCCUCCCAGCCACAAAGUCUUCACCACAACUCCCUCUGCUUCCUUCCAAAGAGGGGAGUAUGUCGACAGCUGCCAUAACCGACCCCAGCGGCCACCCAGGAAGCCCCUCCGCCCAAGCAAACCCUCCAAACAACUGCCCCCUGAACCCACCCACACAGGGAGUGAUGAAGAGGACUACAUCACUCCAGACAGUAACGAUGAUGAUAACUACGUAGAACCCGCAGAGAACCCAUCUUCCGACCUUUAUGAAAUUCCUGACAAAGAGGAGCAGUCAUUAUCUCUUCCAGCACGCAGACCAUUUCCAAUCCCCACAAAGCAGUCGCAUUCUUUACCACCGAAACCCAGCCCCAGAAUAAAUAUAAGGAGAUCUCCUACUACUGUUCCGGAGCCCACAGGCAACGAUGAAUAUGAAGUUUGUGAUCCAGAUGAUAGUUCCCAUGAUAAACCUGUAGAGGGUCCUCCCCUACGCCUACCCAAACCUUUGCCCAGAGAGAGGUCACCGAAACCACCUGUAAAGCCGAGGCCGGAUUUAAAACCUAGGGAAUUUGAAAGCCGAACGCUGCCUGUGAUACAAACUGAGCAGAAGCCUCUACCAAAAGCUUUUACGCUGGACUUGAAACGGCCAAAAAUUCCUCUCCCACAGUUUACCUCCCUCAAAGCAGGAGACAGAGGAAGCGUUUCUUCUGAAAAUGGGUCAACAGACCAAGAUAAGGACGCAGAUGUCUAUAAGAAACCAUGGUAUGCCAGUGCAUGUGACCGCAAGACUGCUGAUGAUGUCUUGAUUCGCUCAAAUAAAGAUGGGGCGUUUAUGGUGAGGCAGAGCUCCGGUCAGGACACGCAGCAGCCCUACACGUUAGUGGUGUUCUACAACGGCAGAGUGUACAACAUCCCAAUUCGCUAUAUACCAACAACACAGCAGUACGCUCUGGGCAGAGAGAAGAAAGGAGAGGAGUAUUUCAGCAGCGUCUCCCACAUCAUCGAGAACCAUCAGAGGAAUCCACUGGUGCUGAUUGACAGCCAGAGCAACACCAAGGACGCCACCAAACUGUGCUACCCCGUUAAGCCGUAGAUGACCCUCGCUGAUGGCAAACAGCCAAGUGAUUGGAUGUGUGCAUCCAAACCCACCGUGUUUACUGUCAGACUGCCGUUUACAGAACUCAUUAUCUGAUGCUUUCCUCCUCCCUCAUUGUUAAUUUGAGGUCCUGUCAACAGGAUCGUGUGCUGCACUUUUCUGCAUUGCUGGCCAUGCAGAGUUUAAGUAGCACUGACUCAGAUGACUUUUUAACUCGUUUUAUUAAAAUGUUGUUGUUUUUUUAAAUGCUUAGACAGUGUAUUAAAAUAAAUGCAAAGGACGAGACAGUGUUACUGUAGCUAUAGAAAGCACGUAAACAAAUAAUUUGUUGAUGACAGCAAUACAUUGGGGAGCCAAAAAUACAAGGUUGUAUAUUUUGUUUUAAUAAAAGACUUCCUGUGUUGCAUACAUCUUUAGUCAUCAAACAAUGCCACCAGGAACGGA